AUGGAGAACUUGUUUCGACUUUUCGAUCAAGACCAAGGUUUCUUUAAACGAAAAUGGACUUUGGUCAAUGGUCCGUUGAUAGUCGGUGCCGGACCAUCGGGGCUGGCCACGGCUGCUUGCCUUAGAGAACAAGGGGUACCCUUUGCUGUUCUCGAAAGAGCAGAAUGCAUAGCGUCUUUGUGGCAGAAACGGACCUACGACAGGCUAAAGCUUCAUCUUCCUAAACAAUUCUGUCAACUCCCUAAACUACCUUUCCCUGAGGAUUUCCCUGAGUACCCGACGAAGAAACAAUUCAUUGAAUACCUUGAGUCGUACGCUAAGCGUUUUGAUAUCAACCCAAAGUUCAAUGAGUCUGUGCAGUCGGCCAGGUACGAUGAGACCAGCGGUUUCUGGAGGGUUAAGACCGUGAGUGGCGCGAACAAGAAGGAGUUCGAGUAUAUUUGCCGAUGGCUCAUGGUGGCCACCGGUGAAAAUGCCGAGUGUGUUGUGCCGGAUAUCGAAGGAUUGGCUGACUUUGGUGGUGAAGUUAUACAUGCCGGUGAGUACAAGUCCGGUCAGACUUUCAAGGGCCAGAAAGUACUCGUCGUUGGAUGCGGCAACUCCGGCAUGGAAGUUUCUCUUGAUCUUGCAAACCAUAAUGCUUCACCUUCAAUGGUGGUUCGCAGCUCGGUUCAUGUAUUGCCAAGAGAAGUUUUGGGGAAAUCGACAUUUGAAUUAGCUGCUUUGAUGAUGAAAUGGCUGCCCCUUUGGCUUGUUGACAAGAUAUUAUUGAUAUUGGCCUGGUUGGUGCUGGGAAACAUCGAGAAAUAUGGACUGAAAAGGCCACAAACGGGACCAUUGGAACUCAAGAACAGCAAAGGCAAAACUCCAGUGCUGGACAUUGGUGCAUUGGAGAAAAUCAAAUCAGGUGACGUCCAAGUUGUUCCUGGAAUCAAGCGUUUCUCACGUGGACAAGUUGAGCUUGUUAAUGGCCAAAAACUCGACUUUGACUCGGUUGUUUUGGCCACUGGAUACCGCAGCAAUGUUCCCUCUUGGCUUCAGGAAGGUGAAUUCUUCUCCAAGAAUGGGUUCCCAAAGGCACCAUUCCCAAAUGGGUGGAAAGGAAACAGUGGACUGUAUGCAGUUGGGUUCACAAGGAGAGGGCUAUCUGGUGCUUCCUCAGAUGCCAUGAAGGUUGCUCAAGAUAUUGGCAAGGCCUGGAAACAAGAAACUAAGCAGCAGAAAAAGAGAACCACUGCUUGCCAUAGACGUUGCAUUUCACUUUCACAAUUGUAA